UUUUGUUUCUCGUUUUUUUUCAUGUUACAAUCGCACAUAUAAACUAAGCUCUCAAGCUUGUUAUGAAAACGUCUAUCGAUUGCAUUAUUUUACUCUGAUUUUUAAAACACUGUUCCAAAUCGAAAUUUCGAAACGGUUUGGUCGACAUGUUUUAUGGCCAUUACAACCAGUCCAUAGAAAAAAAAGACAAAACAAGAAAAACGCUAUACGAAAUCUAUUGAUUUUGGAUUUCGUCAUAUCGUCUGUCAUUCCAUUUUCCAUCGAUGGUUCAAUCGUAAAUGGAUUAUACAACGUGAACUUUGAAUAUAUAUUAAGAUUGGCUUGUGGGAAAUGGGCCUAUGGGUCUAUGGUGUUGUGACAACAACAGAGAAAUCAUAAUAGCAAAGUAAUUGUUUUUUUUUCUCUCUCUCUCUCUCUCUCUCUCAACCUCUGUAAUCGUGUGUGUGUGUGUGAGCGACAAAUGACUUAUUGCCAUUGGUUGAUUGUUAUCUCAAUCAAAGUCAUUUCAAUGCAUAAUAUUUGACAUCAAAUAUUUUACAGAUAAGCAAAAGCCCCCAAUCGUAUAUUACAUUGACUUAUGAUGUGUGUACGUUGUACGAUUUGAUUUUAUUUAUACAUUUGAUGUGGAACAGCAGCAGCAGCAGCAAAGAGAGAGUCGUGUUCAAUUCUGAUGGUGGGCAUUCGCCACGAUGCGAAAUGCUGGAAGUUAAUUUGUUCAAAGUGCAUUUUGUUUUGAUUUAACUAUUUGAACCGAAUGCCAACCCGAAAAUAAAAAUCGUUCGAAUCGUAAAUUUGUGUCAUUCAAACCGACGCUCUAUCUCUCGCAGUACGUCUCGCUUAUGGACCAAAUAUACAUACACACCGAUAUAUGUAUACACUUCUUAAACCAUAAAAUUCAAUUGCGAAUCGCUCGUUCACUUGAUUCGUACAGUCGCUCAAGUUUUAUUUUUCAAUUGAGAGUGUAUCAUGGAACUACGUGCUCGACGAUAUAUUCGUCAUGCGCCUUCUGAUAGUAUAUAUAACGAUUUCGUUCAUUUUGUUGUUGUUUUUUUUAAAUUUUUUUUGUAAUAUGAUUCGGACUCAAGUCUUGUUUGCGUGGUAACAAUACAGAUUUUAUUUGAAAAAAAAAAGAAAUAAAAUUAUUCGGGACGAAAAAACGAUGAUAUUUGAUUUGAUUUCCACCAAACGGAUUACUCAUAGAUUGCGUGAAAUCGGAACAAAAGUAAUUCGUGGUAUGACUGAAAAUCCAAAUGAUACCCUUUGCUCGACACAAUUCUACAAUCAAAUCAAACGUGAACUGACCAAUUCACCGUGUACGAAUGAUGUCGCACUUGGUUUUUACAAUGGAAACAAUGUCGAUUCGACAACAUCACAAUUGACCGAAUCAAAUCUCAAGUAUAAUGUGCACAUUGUGCUGGAAAAUUUGAAACGGAGCGCCGAAAAAACAUAUCUGUAUGAUAACGCAAACAACAACAAUAGCAACCAUCAUCAUCAGCAUCAUCACUACAACAGCAGCAGCAACAGUAAAAACAAUAAUAACAACAAUCACAUCAGCAGCAGCAAUAUCGUAGGCAAUCAAAACGAAAAAAUUGCCAACACGAUCAGCAACAGCCAAAGUAAUUUGAAGAACGCGAGAAAUUCGUUCGCCGGGAAAAUGUCAAGUCCGGAAUCGGAUUGCAACAGUAAUGUACAUGCGAAUCCAAUACAACAGCUUGCCUCAUCCAUCGCUUCAUCUCAUGACUUUACACAUGACAAUUCCGAUUAUCAAUGGUUUCUAGAUUACAAUUAUCGUGAGAAUAAUGUAACUCAUCAAAGUGUGCUGUCAUCGCUGUCAGCCUCUUACAAUGGAAUUGGUGAAUUGUCGUACUACGAUGAUUUGGCAAAGAAUAUCGACGCCAAUUUGGCUGGCGUUGAUAUGGAAAGUUUUCGGGCCGAAGACAUCAAUCUGUUGCUGUCGACAAUUCCGAAUAUGUGCAAAUCAAAUGCAAAGAAACAACAGGAAAAGGAGCUGGAUAACUCUAUUUUCAAGUCAAAACAACUAUUCUCACCGGUAAAAGAGUCCAUACUCAGCGUGGAUUCGCUCGAUAUGGACUGUUAUGCGGAAGACUGUGAUAUGAUUAUAACAUGUCAAGCGAACAAAAAUAAUUAUACAAUUGCGUUUGAAGGCAGCACCAUGUAUUCGGACGAAAGCUUCUAUGCUGAUGCAAACAAAGAUAUGCUGAAGAAGAAAACCGACGCAAAUGAUAUCGGAACAAACAUUGACGAUAUUGUCAAGAAGAAGGCACUAGAAGUUUCAUUGUACCGCUCGGAAUCGGGUUUCACCACAUGGAGUAAACUGAAAAAAGACAGUUCAACGCAAUUGCACAGAUAUCCGUCGGGUAACAAUAACACAAGCGUGAAUGUUGGUGGCAUUCGACACUGUAUGAACAAUAUGCACGUGCGCAAAAGUAGUAGCCUUCCGAAUCUGCAGAUCGAUCAGGACGAACCGAAAAACAAUUUGAGAUGUGAUGCAGUGAGCAAUUCAACGAUUGAUUCGUUAGGAAAGCCACGAAUUCUGCCAAUGUGUCAAAUUGUGGAUUCAUCGUCUCAAAGUGACAGUCCGCUACCGUUGCAAGCAUCAUCAUCGAGCAAUGAACCACAACAGAAUCAACCAUCGUUCAAUCUCGUGAAAUUAUUCAUCAAGCAAAAGAGCAGCUCGACCGACACAUGCAUGGAUGUAUCGUCUGGAUGCUGGCCAAGUGACUCAAGCUCAUCGGUGGAGAAUCGACAGCGCAAAAAGAGCAUGUAUGAUUCGGGCAAAGGAUCGGCAUUGAGCAAACACGAAGAGGAUACACACGGAGCGGAAAUCCAAUAUGACAGUUUAGAUUUGCCGCAACAACCCACCAAAGCGAAUGACAACACAAAUUCGCCCAAGCGAAAUUCAACACAAUCAAACGAUUUAUAUCGCGAAGUGUUCGAUUCACCGUCACAUCGCAAAUACAAAGAGUUCAAUCUGAAUAUCCGAAACCAGCAUCUGGCCAAUGUCAAUAACAACAAUUCCAUGGACCGUGAUAGUUUACGGGAAACGAUCAAAAGUAUCUCCGAUGCUAGUCGAACAUCUGAUAACAUAACGCAAGUGUAUGCAAAGACAAAACUUCCACUCGACAUGAUUACAAAAUCGAUGCAAACGUCAAAGAUUGACGAGGGAAUUAAAAUUGUGCCACCUUCGUUUUUAGCUCAACUCAAUCAUAGCAGCAAAACAAAUGAACAACAACAAGCACCUGUUUACGUGAUUUACCCGAAUUACGCGUUGCCCGAUUUGACAUUUGUGAAAACAUACCAAAGCCAAAUAAUUUUAUCGCCAUUGGGAUUGAAGGAGACAUUAGUGAAAAAACAACGGCCACUCUCAACCAAUGAUAUCGAAUACAUUAAGAAGAAGGAUUACAAUCAUAUUGUCGAUUGGAAAUCACUGGCACCGCUGUUGCCAUUCGAAUACAAGCGAAUCCUGCAACACAUUCCUGAAGUGCAAAACGUAAUGAACGACCCGAAAUUGUCACAGAAACCGAUGUUCUGUAUGAGUCCGCCAAUACGCCGUAGCCGGCCUAUGUCAUGCGAUUGCACGAGCUACUGCACCGAUUCGUCAACCGGUUCAAGUCAACCGCCCAGCUCCGGCUAUCGAGGAUCAUCGACAAUGCUCACCGACUCGGAAAUCGAUGCCUUGUCCACGACCAACAGUGGCAACAACAAUCGCAUCGUUGACGAACACUCUGAAUUGCCACCAUCUGGCAGUUUUAUGCGCCGUGGCAUUUUGCGACGAGCAAAUUCUUCGACAAAGUCAAAACGUAACAGUAUGACGGACGAAACGGCCACCACACCAUCGUCAGCGACGGUACGACAUCGAAUGGAAAAACGAUGCAGCGUUCAAGACCCGUACUACGCGCCAGAGGCAUUCAAUACACAGUAUUAUCCGUAUUGCGGUAACAUUUUCGAUGUGAAUCGGUUGAAAAACAAUUUACGCAGCGAAAAGACCAAAGAACAGAUGACCAUCGAGCAUAAGGAGUAUGAUGAUGAGGCACGCAGUCGAGUCGAGCAGUUUUUGAGCAGUGUACCAAAGUCUGAAUUGAAAUACUAUGCAGAAAUUGCAAAUGUAUUAGAGUCGAUAGACAGCAUUAGUGAUAUUUAUGAUCGUAACAAGUUGAAAGAUGAAGUGAGUCGGGCGCUAGCUCAAAAGCAUGUAUCGUUCGAUCGUGAUUCUUGCCAGUAUUUAGCCGUCAACAAUAAUGAUGUCCGGAAUUCUCGGGCGAUGACUGGUCGUGGAUUCACAACGCCACCAAAUUCGCCAAACAUUUCGAUAUUACGCGGUAAUAUCGAGCAACAGCAAAAAAGCGCCAAAAAAUCAAAACAAGAGAAAAUUCAAAGUAAUCGCUUCAAGCGGCUGCAAAUUCAAUGGGAAUUGUUGAGCAAAGAUGCUCAACAAAUGGAGAGAGAACUGUUCAAAGAGACUCGCAGCGGUGGCAAUACACCAACAGCGACAACACAAUGCAUGGUGCCCAGAUCGAAAAUUCCACGGCCCGUUAGCUACCCGGCGAGCAAAUCGAGUGCAACGGCAGCCAGCAAAUCAUCACCAUCGCCAAGUCGAAUAGCAACACCAAAGAAAGUGAACAUCGCACCAAGCACAACACCCGUUUCGCGACCAAGAACGCCCAGCAAAUUGUAUAAUACUCCGAAGAAAACCUCACCUAUCAUAAAAACUGGGACGCGAGUUAAGUAGAGCAUGUUUCGAGGCGAGGAGCAUUUCGUGGAGAGCCUUUUGUUUUGUCGAUUUAUAAUUUAAUUUGAAAAAUUCCCCAUUUCUGUGCAACAUCGUUUCGGUGAUUCAGAUUUGGUGGAUAUUGUGAAUUUAACGCUCAUUUGUUUAGAAAAAACCACUUCCACUUCAUUAUUUAUUUUAAAUAUGAUUUCAAUUCAACUCACACCAUAACACACCCACAUACUUUGUAAAGAAAAAUUGCUAAUUCGAGUGCGAAUUUUGAUUAUGGAUCAGGAAAACAAAAAGUUGUAAACAUUCAGUGCCAUACUCAAAUAAUGCUGAGCACACGAAAUUUCAAUGGAACUCAGAUACAAACUCGAUUCAAAAAAAGCAAGCAUAAAAAAGUCAUAUAAAGUGUAUUAGUUGAGGAGGAUGAAGAAUAAGAAAAAAAAUAAUAAUAAAUUAAUUAUUAUUUGCGUUUUUUUUAAUAGACUCCUAAGAAUAAAGAAAAACUAUUACACACAAGUCAUACAUAUGAAUAUGUAUUUAAGCUUAAUUAUUCCAAAACUCAAAAAUGAUUGAGAAAUGAAGAAAAAAACCAAACAAUAAGAACAACAAAUAAAUAAAAGCAAAAUUAUUGUAUUUAACAAA